CCCUCCAAUUCACGUUGCUAGUGAGGCCUGGUGGAAAGCCAUGGAGCACGUUCUCCCUGCCGCCGGCUUUCUGUACUGGGUGGGAGCAGGCACCGAGGCUUACCUGGCCCUGCGCAUCUCGUGCUCUCUCUUGAUGGCCCUUCGGCUCUGGAUUUUGGAUCACGAGCCUGGGGUCGGACCCAAGCUGGGCGAAUGGGCAGUUGUCACAGGUAGCACUGAUGGAAUUGGCAAAUCAUAUGCAGAACAGUUAGCAAAGUGUGGCAUGAAGAUUGUCCUUAUCAGCAGAUCACAAGAUAAACUGAACCAGGUUUCCAGUAAAAUAAGAGAAAAAUUUAAGGUGGACACAAAGACCAUUGCUGUUGACUUUACCUCAGAAGAUAUUUAUGACAAAAUUAAAACAAGCUUGGCAGGCCUUCAAAUUGGUGUUUUAGUGAACAAUGUGGGCAUGUCAUAUGAGUAUCCUGAAUACUUUUUGGAAAUUCCAGACCUGAACAAUACCAUCAAGAAACUGAUAAACAUUAAUGUUCUUUCUGUUUGCAGGAUGACACGAUUGGUGCUGCCCGGCAUGGCUGGAAGAUCUAAAGGGGCGAUUCUGAACAUCUCCUCUGUGAGCGGCAUGUACCCAGUUCCGCAGCUCACCAUCUACUCUGCAACUAAGGCUUUUGUAGAUUUCUUCUCGCAGCGCCUCCACGAGGAGUAUAAGAGCAAGGGCAUCUUUGUGCAGAGUGUCCUGCCAUUCUGCGUAGCUACGAAACUGGCUAAAAUCCGAAAGCCGACUUUGGAUAAGCCGUCUGCAGACACGUUUGUGAAAGCUGCAGUUAAAACCGUGGGCCUGCAAUCCCGAACCGACGGAUACCUGAUCCAUUCUCUUCUAGGCUCAGUGAUGUCACUCAUGCCUUCUUGGAUGUAUUUCAACAUGAGCAUGUCUUUAAACAAGUCACAGAGUAGUUUCUAUACAAUAGAUAACUGA